CUGAAUGGUCGUUGUAACAUACAGAAAAAGCAGAAGCGUGACGGAUGUGGGUAGCAUCUCAACACGAAUAGUGAGAGCUGGCGCACCAAGGGUGCAGCUAAAUCUGAAGGGCCCAUUGAGCCUAAACUAUGAACCCCGAGGAGCAGACUGUUACGUGGCUAAUAACAUUAGGCGUGCUUAAUUCACCCAAAAAGAAUAUCGCUGAUCCGGAGGAAUUUCUGAAAACAUCGCUCAGAGAUGGGGUCGUCCUAUGUAAGCUUAUGGAGCGACUGCUACCUGGAACCAUCUUAAAGUAUUCAACUGAACCCAGGUGCGAAGCGGCCUGCAUUGCAAACAUUCGGGAGUUUUUAAAAGGAUGUCAGUCUCUAAAGGUUGAGGGCUUUGAUCCAGAGAGCUUAUAUACUGGGGAGAACUUCAACAAGGUUCUGUCAACGCUCUCAGCAAUAAACAUCGCCACUCAAGAUUGUACCCCUAAUAGAUCAUGUCCACAGUCCAGUGCCUCUCCUACUAGCCUGUCAGCCCCUUCACAAGCUGUUCCCAACUUGAAGUCCAGCAGGUCCUUACGGAGGCAGUCAAAAGCAGUGGAAAUGUCGGAGAAUGGAGGCGGUGGGCAGCUGGUGGUAAAGGCACGCUUCAAUUUCAAGCAGAACAAUGAGGACGAGCUGUCUUUCAGCAAGGGCGAGCUGAUCCAUGUCACACGCCAAGAGGAAGGUGGAUGGUGGGAGGGAACCCUUAAUGGCAAAACCGGCUGGUUCCCUAGCAACUAUGUCCGAGAGGUCAAGCCAUGUGAGAAACCAAUAUCACCGAAAUCUGUAAAAGGAUUUGACGUUCCUCAGCUGACUAAAAAUUAUUACAAUGUGGUGGUGCAAGAUAUCUUGGAGCAUGAGAGAGAGUUUGUCAAAGAACUGCAGGCGGUACUUAACUGCUACCUGCGGCCUCUACAGACCAGCGACAAGCUCUCUAGUGUGGACUGCUCCAGUCUGAAUGGGAAUUUAGAGGACAUCCUCACUUUCCAUCAGGGACUGUGUCUUGCCUUAGAGGAGUGCUCCAAGAUGCCAGAGGGCCAGCAACGAAUUGGCGGCUGUUACCUGAACCUGAUGUGUCAGAUCAGAACGGUGUACUUGUCCUACUGCUCCAACCAUCCCUCUGCAGUGUGUGUGCUGACUGAUCACAGUGAGGAGCUGGAAAAGUUCAUGGAGAGUCAGGGUGCCAGCCCUCCUGGUAUUCUGACCCUGACCACCAGCCUGAGCAAACCCUUCAUGAGGCUCGACAAGUAUCUCUUCCUCCUGCAGGAACUUGAGCGACAUGUGGAGGAAGCGCAUCCAGAUUACAGUGACAUUCUCAAAGCAACAGCUGCUUUUAAAAAUCUUGUGAUUCAGUGUCAAGAUCUGCGAAAAAGAAAAAACCUAGAGUUGCAGAUCUUGUCGGAGCCAGUGCGGGGCUGGGAGGGUGACAGCAUGAAGUCACUGGGACAGGUGGUCUACAUGUCACAGGUCCACAUGCAGAGCAGCUCAAAUGAGGAAAAAGAAGAGCGAUACCUCAUGCUGUUUCCCAAUGUGUUAGUCAUGCUGUCUGCCAGCCCAAGAAUGAGUGGUUUCAUUUACCAGGGGCGUCUGCCACUGACAGGAACCACUGUAACCAAACAUCUAGAAGACACGGACACAGGCCAUUAUGCCUUUGAGAUCGCAGGGGGAACAAUAGAUCGCACCAUGGUGUUCUGCAGUAGUUUACAGGAGCAGCAGGAGUGGUUAGAACAUCUUCAUGCUUACACCAAGGAAGGAAGUCCAGUAGGAACAAUAGUGAAGAGUGUUGAUGGUAAGCCUUCAACCAUCACUGGUACGUCAUCCCACCACUUGCACGGUUUCGGUACUCCUGCGGCUAACCGAGGCCCUCUUGAACCCCCCAAGAUCACCAAGCCCUGGUCUUUAAGCUGCCUGAGACCAGCGCCACCCCUCAAGCCCUCCGCUGCGCUGGGCUAUAAAGAGAGGAUGUCUUAUAUCAUGAAGGACUCUAGUAAAAGCCCCAGACCCAUGAAGAAGUUCCUCCCAAAGAGAAAAACGGAGAGAAAACCAUCAGAUGAUGAGUUCCUGUCUAGAAAAAGCACAGCAGCUCUAGAGGAGGAUGCCCAGAUACUCAAAGUGAUUGAGGCCUAUUGCACCGGAGCCAGUCUCCACCAAUCCACCACAGCUGUGCGUAAGGAGUGCAUCCCCCAGGUCUUGCUUCCAGAAGAAGAGAAGAUCAUUGUUGAGGAGAUCAAAAGCAAUGGCCAGACGAUCAUUGAGGAGAAAAGUCUUGUUGAUGCGGUUUAUGCUUUGAAAGAUGAAGUCCAUGAAUUAAAAAAGGAGAAUAAAUGGAUGAAGCAGUGUCUGGAAGAGGAACAGAAGUCCCGUAAGGAGCUGGAGCGUGUAGUCAAGAAGUUGGCCAAGCAAAAGAAUGACUGUACCUGGGAUGAUGGAGGUCACUAAAGAACACUCGCCUGUUUCCCAUCGCCAUGCGCAUGUAUGUCUUUCUGUGUCUGUGUUUGUCCUCACAAAUGUGUUUUUGUGUUUUUCCAUCACGUUACACACUGAACAUUGCUUUUGGAAAGUCACCAUGUUGGGGAUUUUCAGCCAUUUCUCAUCAAAUGUUAAGGACAAGAUCCGAUGAGAAUAUCGAAUCUGUUUUUCUCGCCAUUUGGAAGAAUAUCACUGUGUGGUUUCACUUCACACUCCUGUGACGUGACAUUCUGAGAAUGAAACAGCAACUGUUCUAGAAAACCAAGUGAACUGCUUUUUUAGGAAGUAUUAGGCGAUUUGGAAAACUUCAGAGAACUGUCGGAGUCCAGUCCUCAACUGUUUCAUUUUUCCUUCCGGUUCACUUUAACACUCCAAGAAGAAACAUCACAGAAAAGAUGGUGGAAUCUGUUGUUUUUGAACUGAUCAAAUAUCUGCCUCACUUUGACUGUUAACUGGUCAUGGACAAGAGAAAUCCAAUGACAUUCAGCCCAUGAACAGCAUUCCGACUCAAGCCGCUAUUGCACAAGUGAAUAUAUUCUGUCGAUGGCGCUGGAGAAGAAAUUUGUGGUUGAACAUUACAGUACUCCACCAUAUCCACAAGUAUUGCGCUUUUCAGUCCUAUUUCUGCUUUUAUAAUGUGAAAAUGGUUGUGUUGCUUGAUGUAGCUUUUAGGUCAUAAAUGAACAAGAUUGCGAUUUUGUGAUUUGCACCUGAUAGACAUGAGAUGCCCUACUUGCCAUCUUGAAAUGACUUUGGUUUUUCCUUUAAGUUUGAAGGUUUUGAGUUAAAUUCCAAACGUGUUCCCCAAACAGUCACUCAAAUCAGCAUGGGUGCACAGUAUUUCUAAAACAGCGUUAUAUAGUACAUAAUCAUGCUUCUGAUAAUCAUCACUAGUGUAAAGCUAUCAGGGAUAUGGAAAUAGUCAAGUUCAUAAUACUAUACUAAUACAAUACAUCAUAUAAUGUAUGUAUAUCAUAUAUACUUGUAUACAGUAUAAAUAUGUAUAUAUCAUAGAUACUAUGGCAAAAAGAACCAUAUGAACUUUUUUAAUGAUCAAAAAAUACAGUAGGAAAUUUGGUUACACUUUAUAAUAAGAUUUCAUUUGUUUACAUAACUACAGUAGUCAACAUGGACUAAGAAUGAACAAUACUUCUACAGCAUUUAUUAAUCUUAAUGUUAAUUUUAACAUUUACUAAUACAUUAUUAAAAAUUAAGUUGUAUUUGCUAACAUUAAUUAAUGAACUGUGAACAAACAUGAACAAACAAUGAACAGUAGUAUUUUAUUAACUAAGAUUAAUAAAUACUGUAACAAAUGUAUUGCUCAUGUUAACUGAUGUUAACAAAUGAACCUUAUUCUAAAGUGUUACUGGAAAUUUCAGUCUCCUUUUUCAGAGGCUUGAAACUAUUUCAUAUGUAUCUUAAACCAAAAAAAAAAUAAAAAUUUGGUACCGAGGCCCUUUUACGACUUGAAAACCGAGAGUACUUCGAAACGUGGUACUUUAGGCACUGAUAUUUGUUCCUCGCUUAUCAUAUAUUGGAGGCUCGUAUUUGAAUGAGAAACAAAUGCGGUUGGAACCCAAUUUAAUUUUUUUUUUUUUUUUUUUUUUCCCAGCAAACUGCUCCCUGUCAGCAAUUUCACUGGAGGCUGCAGUACAAUAGAUUUUCUUACUCAUUCCUACUCUGCCAUAGUCAUGUGGUAUUCAUGGUAGUUUUUUUUGUUUUGUUGUUUUUGGGUUUUUUUCUUGAACUCUUGCCAGAUUAACUAACAAGUUGAACAAUAAAUGAAUGAGUAAUUACAUGGCCGGUACACAAAUGACACUGUCUGGAGUGCUAAAUGAAUCUUUCAACGAAUCAUUGCCGAUCAUAACCGUGACUAAUGCUUUCUAUCGCUGUGGAUCGGAGGGACGAUCUCCAUCUUUAAUUCAGUGUAGAAAUGCAUGCAAAGAGCUGUAAAGAUAAGCAAAACUUGUGUGGGGAGGGUUUUUUUUUUUUUUUUUUUUUUUUUUUUUUUAAACUCACCAGCCGUCACCUCCGGAACAUUGCUGUGGCAAUUCAAUGCAAUAUGCAACUGGUUUGUUGUUACAAUUGCUGUGCAUUCAUUCAAGAGCCAGUUUUUCUCUUGGAAGGAGUAUUCUGUAUAAUAUAUAUUCUUCCAGUUAGGCAAUAAGAUGUGCUCUGAGGUGCACAAAUAUAAUUCUGUUACUGUGGUACUGCAAAAAUCUGUUUCAUGUUUGUGUGCGUGUUUGUUUUCCAACAAUUAACCUUGCAUGCCAUGUGUUACACAUAGCCUUAAAUAUUAUUUUAAAGUGUUAACCCUGAUUGUAUUGUUGUUGUUGUUGUUGUUAUUAUGAGAACUCCUGAAUUUUUUAAAUAUCUGUCUAAAAUUAUGACAUCUGCAGUGGUAAAUGUGAUAUUCAUGUGUGUAUUAUGUGAAAGAGAUUGAAGUGGUCAAUAGGUUAUGUGAGUAUGCAUUGUACCAUGCGAUUUGUUAGAGCUGGCUACUGAUAUCAACGAAAGGAACUUCACUUUGUCCUCCGAAUGUCAUGAAUGUGUCAGGAAAAAAAUGCACUUUCAGUAGAUCAUAAACGAGGGUUGAAGAAUGUCCAUGUCAGUUUCCUCUCUUAAAAGUGCCCAUGUCUGCAGAACACGUUUUAUUUUUUGCGGAGCUGAUCUAUGCAAUAUAAAUGCUUGUAUAUCUAUAAUUUGUUUUUGUUUUUCUAGUGCUUGUGUUUUUAUUUUGUCUUCAUUUCAAAAAGGAAUUGUUUUAAUAAAAAUAACAUCAUGUUAA